AUGCUGACACGGGCCGGCCCUAAGAGCUUCAAGAGCUUCAAGAGCUCUGCUUUUAUCGCUUGCUGCUUCGCGUCGGCCCGCCCCUUCGCGUCCGCGGUCGAGGUAGAGCGCAAGUUUUGCCCCAACGACCAUUCCUACCAAUACCUGGCGAUCAACGGCUACGACAAGAAAAGAACACGAAUUCACGACAUAUACUACGAUCGUUACGGACAAUUGUUCCAGCUAGGAGUUUACCUUCGGCGGCGCAAUGGAGAGUGGGAGGGAAAGAUCUCCGUGAGUGGCAAUUACAUCGACUCGGUCUGCACGGAGAUCCUUGGCGCCGAUGCUGUGAAGGAGGUCAUCAAACGCAACUUGAAGAUCUCUACAGAUGGCAAAACCAUUCAAGAGCUACUCAAGCCCUGUGCCGAGUUCAUCACGGACCGUCAAUCCUGGACACUGGCCGAUCACUCGACGGCUCCUACUCCGACUCUAACUCCAACUCCAACUUUUCAAAGUAAGCUCUCGGUGGUCAUUGACGAAAGUCACUCACCCUCACCCAGCAAUCCCCAUUUCAAGCACAUCGUUGGCGAGGUCGAAUGGACGGCACCUUUAUUCGGUGCACAGAGGGGAAAUCACCUGGAAAGAAUUGGCAAAGAAAAGGUCGAAGCUGUAAUGCGUGCACACCCUCAGGCUUUUCCAAGGUGUGGAGCGGGAAAGUUGACAGUUUACUUUCAGACCCUAAGCCGGAGAAGAAAGGUCACAAAUUUCUUGAUGCACAUACUGGCAAAAUUGGGCAGAACCUUGAGGCAACAUGUUGGGACUUAA